AUGGUUCAUAGUUGGGCGUCGAUCAACCCCUCCACCAGCAUCGAAUGGACCCCGUGCUUUACUAACUUCACCUGCGCAAAACUUCAAGUCCCUCUCGAUUAUGGAGAUCCUUCACAGGGACAGACCGCCAUAGCCUGGAUGAAAUAUGCAGCACCAAAUGCCACUGAAGAUACACCAAAUGUUGUCAUUAAUCCAGGGGGUCCUGGAGGCUCAGGAGUCCAAGCUAUUGCUGCAUACGGGCCAGGGCUAUCCCAAGUACUCCUUUCCCAGUACAACAUUGUCGGAUUUGAUCCUCGUGGUGUGGGCGAGAGCGGACCAGUCGUGGACUGCUGGCCCAAUGAUGUCGCCAAGCGCGCCCAAUUCGAAAAAUUGUUUUAUCCAGAGACAUCUAAUGCGUCCUCGACCUCGCUGGACACCCAAUAUUAUACUGCAGAGAUAUUCGGCAAAGCGUGCACCGAAACAGUCGGAGGUUCCAAUGGCUCCGCUGCCUUUAUCAGUACCCCAGCUGUGGCCCACGACAUAUUCACUUACAUCACUGCAGAGCAGGUGGCAUCCAACAAGCCAAAGCACGAAGCCAAGCUCUUCUACUAUGGGGUCAGCUAUGGCACCGCCCUCGGAGCGACAUUCGCCCAUUUGUACCCCGACCAUGUGGAGAGAAUGGUCCUCGACGGCGUAAUCGAUGCGGCAGAUUAUUAUGCUCUGGGUUGGAAGAGUAAUUUAUACGACACAGAUGCUGUCCUCGAUUCCUUCUUCAAGACCUGCCAUCUGGGCGGUCCAAAGAACUGCUCAUUCUGGGGCCCAUCCGUGAAGAACAUCCACAACCGAAUGAACAAUAUCCUGGCAGAGCUCAAGUACCACCCUAUUCCGGUUCCUACUUCUGAGGCGUGCAACAUUCCCCUCAUGGCUACUUACUCUGGGCUGAAGGAAUUUGCGCUUAUGGCCACGUACACUCCUCACGUCCAGUUUCCGCAGCUAGCGGAUGUUCUGACAGAGCUAGAAACAGGGAAUGUCUCGGCCUAUAUGAGUGCAAUCACUAGCGGGUCUCUGCCGGCGAAUGCUUGCAAUAACGGGUCCGUGAGCACAACAGAGGAUGUUAAUACUCUCAUCAAAUGUGUGGAUGGAUACUCUGGACACCGCUUCCAGGAUAUCAGUCAGUUCAGGGACUACUACAACCUCUUGACGUUCCAAAGUAGCUUCUUUGGCGAGGUCUGGCCUAACAAUGCCAAUGGGGUUUCGUGCAGAUCGUUCCACGUUAGCCCACCAAAGAGUGGAAGACUUCAUGCCGGUCAAGAAUCCAUUCUUGAGAAAAGGAAGAUCUCAUUUCCAAUCCUUUUUGUCACUGCCGAACUUGAUCCUGUGGCUCCAAAGCAAGGCGCAUACUUGAUGUCAUCCGCAUUCCCUGGUUCUGUGGUGCUGACCCAAAACUCAACGGGGCAUACUGCCCUCGCUAGUGCCUCAGAGUGCCUGCUUGAAAAUAUCCAAUCUUAUUUUAUCAAGGGAGAGCUUCCUGCCACCAAUACCACAUGUCAGGAGGACGUUCUGCCAUUCCAAGGCCAGACAGUUUUUAGCUUAGUCAAUUAA